CUUUAUUGCAGUUCAAGCAGGUCGAUUGUGAAUUCUCUCUCACGGACAUCGAAGCAUCUCCAGCCAACAGGAUGACCCGCACUGUCUUAUCCAUCCUGGUGAUCUUUGUGUGUCUUGCACCGAUACUGGAAACACUGAGCAGCAUACUGGAUGACCGAAUGAAGAUGAUUCAAGUUAUUGAAUUGGAGUUCAAUUCCCUGAAGGACUCCCACAAUACCCGGAAGGAGGCCCUCGCUGAAGAGUUCAAAGAGAUUGAUAGUGAAUUGGACGCUUCAUCGGCCAUAUUGAGACAAUUCUGUGGGCCCGGGGCUGCAAAACUUAAGAAGAACUCUGAGACACUGAGGGAGAGGCACACUGAAAUUAAAGAUAAAUCUCUCCUGAUCUUUGAAGUCCUUGACAAAGCAUUUGUGUUCCUCCAGAAGGAAAUCGAGGAAGUCAAAGACCUUGUCCAUGGAAACGAGGACUACUACAAUACUCGGAUGGAUGCCCUCGCUGAAGAGUUCAAAGAGAUUGAAAGAGAACUGGAAGCUUCAUCGGCCAUGUUACAUCAAGGCAGAAUGCCCAAGUUUGCGGCAAGCAAGAAUUACCUUGAGACACUGAGGGAGUGGUACUCUGAAACUAAAGAUAAAUUUCUCCUGUUCACUGAAGUCUUUGACAACGCGUAUGAGUUCAUCCAUAAGGGAAUCGAGGGAGUCAAAGACUUUUUCCGUGAAACCGAGGGGAACAAAGAUGAAUUAUAAUCACACCUUAUUAACAUUAGCAUUAGUUAAUGCGUUGGUAAACAUUAUUAUAUAGCAUUAGCAUAGGGGUUAGAGUGAGUGGGUUCUUCAUCGCUGAUGCGUCACUGCGUCACACACAGGAUGAUGGCGGGUGGAACCUGUUGGCCCGUGUCAGAAAGUGUCAGUCAGGGUCAGGUAGUUUAGGUUUGUGACUGCUUUAUUGGUUAGUUUUUGUGGUCGUAUUUAGGAUUAACUGAGGGAACAUCUGUUCAAAUGUCAUGAUUUUUGGGGUUUUGGGUCUUUCUUUUCACAAUAUCUCUUCUGUCUGAGUUUGUAUACAGAUCUUGUAAACUCUCCCUAAUUACUGGUAAAUAUACGAAUAGAUAAAUGUUUUUGUCAUA